AGCCUCCGCUUUGCUCUUCAGUCGUUCUCAUAACCACCAACAUUGUUCCGCAUAAAGACAGUGCAUCUCUUUUCUGACCGCCAGUUUCUCAGGAAAGCAGAGAGCCUGAAACUAUAGAAGGGGUUGCAUCCAGAUAACAAACCAUUUCAGAUACCAAAAGCAUAAGAGAAUCUCUUGUCGCUUUCAAGAGAGAGAAAGCAAGAAAUCAGAGGAAAAUGCCUCUCUUUUUUGGACCACAGCAUCCAUAAUCCUCCAAGAUUUAAAGCGGUCUCAAUCUGGAUUAUUUCUGCAGUGCGUUUUGGACCUAUGUUGGCAAUAUAGCAAGGUAUGAUAGCAUCGAAAAUCCCCCAAACAGUGUUAUCUUUAUUAGACCAACCAAAAUCUAACCUUGCGAGGGACACCGAAUCUUUAUUUUUUCUGCAGUUAACAUUACCAAAAAUAAUGGAGAAAAAUGUGGCUGGAGUUAUUUGGAACAAGCAGUAUUCAUAAGUGCAGUUAAAUGAGGAAAUCGCACACAUGACUCCCGAAACCCCUUUGCAAAAAAAACAUCUUUCAUUUCAUCUUUUUGGGCUGCUUGAGGCCUUAUAUAUAGAGAGAGAUGCAUCCAAAUGCAUUCAAGAAUCCCAGAGAAAUCACAGCGUUCACUCAUGCUUUAACUUUUAAAGUUGCUUUUACACUGUUUUAAUUGCUUUUACAUUUUCUUGGUGGCAAGUUUUUGAUCCUGUGAGCCGCUUUGGGUCCCUUUCUGGGAGGAAAGGGGGCAUAAAAAUGAAAUCUCAUAAAUCAUAAAUCCUGGCCAAGAUGAACCUUUUCCAGGAGAUUUUCCCCAGACUCCACGAAAUCCUCUCCAAAGCACCAGAUACUCAGCUGGAAGCAUUGCUGAACCUCAUUUUGGGAGAAGGCACCGUCUCCAAGGAAUACUUCCAGACUUUGCUGCGCGAAAGAGACAGGGAAGAUCUGGCAAGGAAGGUGGCCUUGAUCCUGGUGGAAAAAUGGGCCCUGGGUUUGAAUCCUGCCUCCUCCCCAACCUGCCUUUUGGAGAUUUUGGGCCGCUGCCCAGAAGACGCAACGAGAGAAGCGUCGCCUCGGAGCAGACGCCGGAGUGGAGCCGAAAUGGACCUGGGUCCUUUGCUGGGGAAGAGCUACCUGGAGCUGCUGCAAAGCGAACUGGACGACUGGGUCCUUUCUCAGGAGGUGGAAGAAGUGGCCGAGUUUCAUACAGGUCCUUCUAUUGAUACGCUGAAUGACGCAGAUGUCCUUUCCAUGGCAGAAGGUGAAGAAGAGGCUUACGAUAAGAUUGCUGCAUUGGCCGAAUACUUACUCAAAGACCAUCAAGAGAAACCAGUGGAAGAGGUUUUCGGAAGCCUGGUUUCAGAAGAAGACUUUGCCGAAAGCCCCAGAGAGAGCUGCCUCGAAGGAAAGAAGAGGCGCAGCUGCUCUGAGGCCCUGGAACCCAAGCGCCGGAAAGUGGCGCACUCCCCGGCUGUUUGUGUCCUCAAUGACCCCUCCGCCAACGUCCCUCUGAACGGAUGCUGCCCCGUUGCUGACCAGCCCAAUUUCCACCUCCAGUUUUCGGUGACCACCGUUGGCCUGGCAGGGAGGACCCCAAAGAUUUUGGAGCCUUCAGCAAGUCCUCACCUGGAGUAUUACCUUCUCAACCCAAAGGAUAUCCAGGUGAUUUUGACCUUUGAACCUCUCGUCCAGCAAACGCAUUGGCUGGCCAGACCUGAGGAUACCACCAAAGAGGGCUGUCCAGGCAAAGAAGGCAAGACUGAGACAGGACCUGAUAAGAGCCCCCCAGUCCCUUCUGAGCAAAUUCAGAAAAGGCCAGAGUCAGUGGAUGCUUUCUGCACAGAGCUGAAGAGCCAUUUCCGGGACAGUUGCCAUUUUGGGAAGAUGGAGGGAGAAGCCCCCUUGGACCACCUUUACCUGGAGUGCAACCUGGCAGAGUUUCCCUCGGAGGACAAAGGCAGGAGGAGCACUGACCCAGAGGAGAAGUCAAGGACCCCGGUGGAGAGAAGGCACCUCUUCCAGACCCCCGGGAGGAAUGACCCCAGCACCAAAACCAUUGUCCUCCUGGGGGAGGCUGGGAUGGGGAAAUCCCUCUUGGCCCAAAAGAUUUGCCUGGAGUGGUCCGAGGGCCAGUGGCCCAAAUAUGACUUUGUCUUCCGAUUCGAUUGUGGGCAUCUGAAUACUGGGAGCCACCAAAACCUCAAGAGCCUCCUCUUUGAGCAUUCUGCAUUGUCUCAAGAGGAACUCAACGAAGUCUAUAAGUAUGUCCUCCACAACCCAGAAAAAGUCCUCCUCAUUUUCGACGGUUUCGAAGAGCUGAAGGACCAUGACAGCUUCACCAAGCCCUGUCCGGAGCGCUCGCCCCGGUGGGAUCCUUGUGGCACCGGAGCCACUUUGGCCAGUCUCUUCCAGAAGAAGUUACUCAACGGUUGCACACUGCUACUCAUGGCCCGACCCAAAGGCAAGCUGCACCAAUGUCUACCUAAAGCGGACAAGAUCCUGGAGCUGACAGGAUUCUCCAUGCAGCAAGCCAAAAUGUACAUUGCCCAAUAUUUUGAAGGCCUCCCAACUUGCGAUGGGGCAGCGACUCUGAUCCAGAAGUCCCCUUACCUGUUCAGCCAUUGUCACCGUCCUGAUUUGUGUCGGUUCAUUUGCGAGUCGGUCUUCCAAACGGAAGGCAUAGAAUUGCCUUCCACACUUACUAGCCUUUUUGUGAAGUCCUUGCUUCAAAAAAUGGCCCACGCAACUGAGAACAAAGUCCAUCCAAAGCGUCACCUUGCCACCUUAGGCCAGAUGGCUUGGGAUGUCUUGCAAAACCACCAAAAAGUCUUCACAAGCUCCCAUUUCUCUUCUGGGGAAGUGAAAGAGUUUGCUUUGGACUAUGGGUUAGUGGUUCCUUUACUGUUCCCAGAAAACUCCAGCAACGAAACGGAGGAAUGUGGCAGGUUUGCGUUUCCCAAUUCCGUUGUCCAAAAUUUCUUGCUGGCCUUGCAUUUGGUCCUGGCCAAAGAGAUCAAGGACAAAAAACUGACCCAACACCUUUGCUUGCUCUCCAAGGCGAAGAAGUCUCUCUCUUCCUCCUCCUCUUUGGACUUGGUGCCUCGUUUCUUAUCUGGCUUACUCUUCUUAGAGGACAAUCUCCUCUCUCCUCUACUUUUUGGAGAAGAAGGGGAGCAGGACGUGGAGAAGAUGGUUGCCAAGAAGAAGAAAAGCCUCUCCAAAUACAUCCGGAGACUCCCAAUCAGGGAUUUCAGCCCAGGAAGACUUCUGCAACUGUUCCAUUGUGUCCAUGAAACAGAAGACACGUAUCUCUUGCAGCAUUUGGCGCUUGAGCUCAGGUCCAACCUCUCUUUCAUGGGCUUCUCUCUCGCCCCGUCUGACAUCCAUGUCCUAAGCUCUGUCCUAAAAAGAUCUGCAAAGGAGACAACGUUAGACUUCAGAGGGAGCUCCAUUGAUUCGGAAGGGCUCAGGCAGCUGGUGGUCAUGAAGAAUGUGUCAGCCUUCAGGGCCUCCCUCAGCCACGCCAUUGACCUCUGGAAGCACCUUUGGGAAACCAAGCAAGAAGAACAGCUACGAUCGGCCAUGGAGAAAUUUAUCACCCUUCCGUUCAAAGCCCAGGCGAUGAAGGACGUUGAGGACCUCUCCGCUCUGGUGCAUUUGGAGGAAGAAAUGGCCCAAAGCCAGGCGGACUCCAACGGUUGCAAAAUACACCGCAUUCCCGCUGUUGCAGACUUCAAACAAAUAGAAUUCAUGAUGGGGCCUAUCUCUGGUUUGAAGGGUUUCCAAAAGCUGGUCCAGAUUCUGGAUGCCUUUCCAUGUCUGCAACAUUUGGACUUGGAUUCUCCAAAGGAAAACGAAAUCGGGGACGAAGGAGUGUUGAGUUUGUGCAAAGUCCUUCCUCGGUUGCACUCCUUGGAAACGUUAAACUUAUCCCGGAACAAGAUCACAGACCUUGGGGCAGAAAGGCUCUCCGCCGCUCUUCCAUCAUUGCCUUCCUUGAAGACGCUCAGCUUGUACAAUAACCGCAUCGGAGACGCAGGAGCAGAACACCUUGCAGAAAUGCUCCCCAAAAUGCCCUCCUUGAGAGUGUUGGACAUCCACUGCAACCAGAUAACCGCAGCAGGAGCGCACUGUCUGACCGACAGCUUGAAGUGCUGCCCCUGGGUUCAAAGCAUGGCACUAUGGAGUCCGGCCAUUCCCCACGGAGUCCUGGACCACUUGCAGCAGCUGGACCCUCGCAUCAGGCUUCUCUAGAGCAAGGCAAGGCAAGCCGCACUGACCGGUGGAAGGGGAAAAAUUGGGAUUUGGAUGGAGUCCAACUGACCUUUGAAACCAAGGCCCCAGCUGGUGGCUCCAGUGAUGCCAGUUUCAGCAUCCACUGCAACGGGGAAUCCGCUCCAGGGGUAUAGUCCAAACUUUAAAGGAGGUAUCCAGGGCCAUGUCUGCAUUGGCACCCCUGGAAAACAGGCUGUAAAGACUGAGAAGGUGCUUGUUUCGCAUUGCAGGUUGGACAAAGGACUGAUGCUUUUUAGUUUGGUUCGGGGGGGGGGGAUUAACUCUGCAAAGUGAUGGAUCUGUAAAUGGGAUCCAGUUGAUUCCACAUGGCCCCCAGGAGAGGAUCAAUAUGUAUUUUUGUAUAUAGCAGGAUUUGGUUGGGUUCCUUUUUAAAUCUGAGUGUAGUACAUCCUACAAAAAUAGUAAGCAUGGUGUCAUGGGUUGAGAAUUGGGUGGUAAUGAUGCCAAGGGACCUGGGUUCAAAUCCGUGCUCAAAUCCCUGGGAGCCAACUGGGCGACUCUGGGCAAGUCACACUCUCUCAGCCUCAGAUGAAAGCAAUGGCAUGCUUUUGCCGAAUAAACCUAGGAGAGGGUCACAACUACAAACAAUGACCCAACACACUUCCUUCGUGGGUCACACCAAGCGCACACUUUAUACAAUCUUUAAUAAAUGUAGAUGAUACAUUUGGGAUAAUCCUCUUGGAAGCG